UCCAGAAGGUGGCUAAUUAGCCCUUCCCGUCGUGCCUGUGUAAUGAAGCACAUGCGCACUGAAUUAAUCACAGCCAUUUUUUGCAGGAAACUAAUUAGCAGGAAUAAAGAUCCAAAGAGUUUUUUUCUUUUCAAUCAUCAGAUCUCACUUUCACCUCUUCCUCUCUCCCUCCAACACUAGACACAUCGCCUGCUUUGCAUCUAAAUUAUUUUUAUAUACCCCUUUCAACUAGUACUUUUUUUUUUUACACUCAAACAACAAUGAUCUUUCUUUUACCAUCCUAAAUGCAAACUGACCAAAAGGGACUGCCUUGAUGGGAUCUUUAGCCAAACCGUCUCAAUACUGGAUUAAAAAGCGAGGAUCACAAAGCACCAGCAAAAAAAUUGCCUGGAUGCGAUGAACGCCUCAUGUAGGCAUCAGCAUGGAAAGCUGUGAAUCUCCCGCGGUUUCUGGGACAGACGAUGGGCUCGCCUCCACCAUCUCCCAGCAACAGCAGCACCUGCCACCGCAGCCCUGGAACGAGCACACUAGAUCGCCGACCCCUCCCAGCAGCCAGCCCCUACCCCUGGAGCCCUUGUCACUGUCGGCACCCUACCCCUCCUCCCAGCUCCAGGCUCCUAGCACUCCCCUGCAAGAGGGAGUGAGAGAGCAGCAGAAACACCGAACGCACACUGCCCCCGGCGAGAGCGCAAAGGCAGAGCGGCAGACGAGAACAGAAGAAGAGGAGGAGGAGGGGAGCUGCGGAGAGGAAGACGAUGACGAUUUGGACGAUCUGGACGACGACGAAGGAAUGGAUUGUUACCCGAGUUUGCAGCCCUUCCCGGGUAUGCCCGUGGCAUCUGGAGUGGGGAUGCCGGCUCUUCUGGGGCAGCGGACAAGGCGGCCAGUGGCAGCAGAGAGUGGGAGUGAGGAAGGAGAGGAGGAGGAGGAGGAAUGCAGCGAUGUGGAGAACUUGGCCGGAGAGAUAGUCUACCAGCCUGACGGCUCUGCCUACAUCGUGGAGAGCAUCAGCCAGCUGAUCCAAAGCGGAGGGGGUGUGGCACCGUCGGGCCUACUCCCCACAAACUCUCUUCUCCCCAGCUUGGGGAAACAGGGCGAACCUGCUGGGACCUCUUCCGCGGUCUACCCUCAGAUCAUCAACACGUUCCACAUAGCCUCGUCUUUCGGGAAGUGGUUUGGUUCCUCAGACCAAGGCUUCCCCAAUACCUCAUCCCUGGCAGGCCUGAGCCCUGUCCUGCACAGUUUCCGCGUCUUCGAUGUGCGCCACAAAAGCAACAAGGAUUACCUAAACAGCGACGGGUCUGCCAAGAACUCCUGCGUAUCCAAAGAUGUUCCCAACAACGUGGAUUUUUCCAAAUUUGAUGGGCUGGCCCUCUAUGGCCAAGGCAAGCCCAUUCUCAUGUGUUUCCUCUGCAAGCUGUCCUUCGGCUACGUGCGUUCUUUUGCCACCCAUGCUGUGCACGAUCACCGAAUGACCCUGAGUGAAGAUGAGCGCCGGCUCCUCGGGCACAAGCUCACCUCCGCCAUCAUCCAGGGCAUCGGCAAGGACAAGGAGCCACUCAUCAGCUUCCUGGAACCAAAAAACAAGAGCCCACCUCCCCCACCCACCCUGCUGCCCAUGGGCCCAGGGCAGAGCUUCUAUGGGACCUUCAGUGGAGUCCAAUUGGAAGGGGGGAGCAGUAGUAGUAGUAGUAGCGGAGGUGGUGGGGGUAGUGAAGCUCUUAAAAAAGACUUAGUUUCUGGCCCCCAGCAAACCUUGUUAGGCUCCCUCGUAACACUGGGAGGACUAGGAUGCCCCAAGCCGUCCUUGCUUACCUCAGCCCAAGGCCCUGCCAAAGACUCCAGCGUCCCGCCUGAGCGGGGAGGGAGAGCAGAGGGGCCCGCGGGGGGAAGAGGGGGGACACAAAGUGAGGAAGGGAAUAGGGAAAGGGAAGCAAUGGGGGAGGGGAAAGUACUCUUUCCAAACGAUGAUGUCUCGGACGAAGAAGAGGAUUUAAUAGAAGAUGAUGAGGAGGAGGAUGACGUGGGUAACACAGUCGCCUGCAGCAGCAGUAGCAGCAGAGAAGGGGGGGAAUUGGCUGUCUCAAACCAAAGCAUUUCCAAAUCUCCUUUACUAAUGCCUAGUAGCGCUCUCCAGCCUUCCACCUGCCCCUUUGAGGCCAGUACUGCGCACAGAAACAGCAAAAGCACCUCCUCCAUCUCCUCUUCCUCCUUCCUCACUGGGUUGGAAGAGGGGGCCGAUGGUGGGGGGAGAAAUUCUGAACUCCCUCUGAGCUUUAACUGCCAGGGGAUGACUCUCCCUGCAGUAGCGGCAGCAGGCAGGGGGGAAGAGGAGGAAGAAAUGGCCUCCAACACUUCCUCUGACCCUCUUGCAUCCACCUCCACCACCAAUAUUUCCACCAUCACCAAUGCGACAGAUGAAAGUGCCAAUCGAGAUAGUGCCACAGCUCCUGAACCAAAUGAAAGCCCGGCUGAGGGGGAAGAGGACAGUGGUGCUCUCAUGCACCAUCACCACCUGCUCCACCACCAUCAUCACCAUCACCUCCACCCCUCCCAGCACCCCCACUCGCACCCCCAUCCUGGGGCUCCCUGCGAGCUGGCGGGGGCUGGGGAGUGCCCUCAGGGUGGAGGGGCCAGUGGCAGUGGCAGCGGGGUGGAGUGCCCCAAAUGUGACACUGUCCUGGGCUCCUCCCGCUCCUUGGGUGGCCACAUGACCAUGAUGCACUCUCGCAACUCCUGCAAGACCCUCAAGUGUCCCAAGUGCAACUGGCACUACAAGUACCAGCAGACACUAGAGGCCCACAUGAAGGAGAAGCACCCCGACUUGGGCGGCAGUUGCGUCUACUGCACCUCUGGCCAGUCCCACCCUCGCCUGGCCCGGGGAGAGAGCUAUACCUGCGGGUACAAGCCCUUCCGCUGUGAGGUCUGUAACUACUCCACAACCACCAAGGGCAACCUGAGCAUCCACAUGCAGUCCGAUAAGCACCUCAACAACAUGCAGAACUUGCAGAACGGAGGCUCCAUUGCAGCUGUCACCAACACCGGGGACCAGGUCUUUGGACAUGCCCCUGGUGGGGUUGUAGGUGUGCCCUCAGCUGCCCAAGCCCCUGUUCACCACCACCCUGCUCACCACCAUCACCACCCUGUCCAGGCCACUGCCCAUGCCGCUGGGGCCUGUGGAGCUCCCUCCCCCACCAAGCCAAAAAGCAAGCCCAUGUGGCGCUGCGAGGUGUGUGAUUACGAGACCAACGUGGCCCGCAACCUGCGCAUCCACAUGACCAGCGAGAAGCACAUGCACAACAUGAUGUUGCUGCAGCAGAACAUGAGCCAGAUGCAGCACAGCCGGCUCGGCCUGGGGGCCCUGCCCUCGCCUUCGGAGGCUGAGCUCUACCAGUACUACCUGACCCAGAAUAUGAACCUGCCUUCCGGCCUCAAGAUGGACUCCAGCGGGGCCGACACCCAGUACCUACUGGGCGGCUUCCAGCUUGACCCAAACAUGGCAGCCCUGGCACCCGCACUCGUAGGUAGCGAGAUCCCUAUGGACAUGCGGCUAGGGGGCGGGCAGUUGGUGUCUGAGGAGCUGAUGUCCCUGGGAGAGAGUCUGUCCCAGUCCAGCGACCCAUCCCUCAAGCUAUUCCAGUGUGCUGUGUGUAACCGCUUCACCACAGACAACCUGGAACUGCUGGGGCUUCACAUGGGCACAGAGCGCAGCCUACCCGAGGAGGAGUGGCAUGCCGUGGUGGGAGAUUCUCACCAGUGCAAGCUCUGCCGGUACACCACCCAGCUGAAGGCCAACUUCCAGCUGCACUGCAAGACCGACAAGCACGUGCAGAAGUACCAGUUGGUGGCGCACAUCAAGGAAGGAGGCAAAGGCAACGAGUGGCGCCUCAAAUGCGUGGCCAUCGGCAACCCCGUGCACCUAAAGUGCAACGCCUGUGACUACUACACAAACAGCUUGGAGAAGCUUCGUCUGCAUACGGUCAACUCACGCCACGAGGCCAGCCUGAAGCUUUACAAGCACCUACAGCAGCACGAGAGCAGCGUGGAAGGGGAGGCGUGCUAUUACCACUGUGUGCUGUGUAACUACUCCACCAAGGCCAAGCUCAACCUGAUCCAGCACGUUCGCUCCAUGAAGCACCAGCGCAGCGAGAGCCUGCGCAAACUGCAGCGCCUUCAGAAAGGGCUCCCAGAGGAAGAGGAGGAACUGGGCACGAUCUUCACUAUCCGCAAGUGUCCAUCCGCUGACACAGGAGAGCUGAGUGAGGAUGUGGAGGCUGCCAGUGAAACCACUACAGACCAGGAGGACCAAACCAAAGACAGAGACAGUGGGGGGGAAAAGGAGCUCACCAAAGGGACAGCAGCAUCCAGCCUGGUGGAGAAGGACCAGACGGACUCCUCACUCCCCUCCAAACGACCUUCUUCAGGGUCCGGGGCAACAGAGGCCCCCCUUGCCUCCAAGCGUCCCAGGACGACAGACCAGACUUCUAUUGAGCAGAUGUACCAGUGCCCGUACUGUAAGUACAGCAACACAGACGUGAACCGCAUCAGGAUGCACGUGAUGACACAACACUCGGUCCAGCCCAUGUUCCGCUGCCCUCUCUGUCAGGACAUGCUCAACAACAAGAUCCACCUGCAGUUCCACCUUACCCACCUGCACAGUGUGGCACCAGACUGCGUAGAGAAGCUUAUUGCCACGGUAACAGCAUCAGAGGUUCUGCCCGCAAGCAUGUUCUUACCAGCGCCAGGCCCAGAACGGGAUGGACAGAACCCGUCUCAGACAGCAGCCAACUCUAGCACUGACGACUCAAAUAAGCAACCAGCAGAAACCUUGGAGGCCGAGCCUGAGAAAGCCCCCCAGCCUUCUGAAGGUACAGAGGCACGCAAGUCCCCACUGCAAGACCAAGGAUCGGCAAAGGAAGAUGGCGCCGGGUUCCUCUGCUGGAAGAAGGGGUGCAACCAGGUCUUCAAGUCAUCCAACGCGCUCCAGACACACUUCAACGAUGUGCACAACAAGAGGCCCCAGCUCCCUGUCUCAGACCGUCAUGUCUAUAAGUACCGUUGUAACCAGUGCAGCUUGGCCUUCAAGACAGUGGAGAAGCUACAGCUUCACUCACAGUACCAUGUCAUCAGAGCAGCUACCAUGUGCUGCCUCUGCCAGCGCAGCUUCAGGACCCUGCAAGCCUUGAAGAAGCACCUAGAGACCAGCCACUUGGAGCUAAGCGAAGCUGACAUCCAGCAACUUUAUGGAGGCUUGCUGAUCAAUGGGGACUUGAUGGUCAUGGGGGAUCCUUCUUUGGGAGACGAUCAGGGACCUAUUGGUGAGGAUGAAAAGGAAUGUGAGGAGAGUGAUCCAGAGGAGAAACCAAGCCCGGUCGGCAGCGACUCAGGCUCCAUGAUGGAAGACUCUGGAUCAGAACCUAAGAGAGCUCUGCCCUUCCGGAAGGGCCCCAACUUCACCUUGGAGAAGUUUCUGGACCCAUCUAGGCCCUUUAAGUGCACAGUGUGCAAGGAAUCCUUCACCCAGAAGAACAUCCUCCUAGUCCACUACAACUCUGUCUCCCACCUGCACAAGGUCAAGAGAGCCUUGCAGGAGUCCACCAGCGGCCAGCCUGAGCCUGCCAACAGCCCAGACAACAAGCCGUUCAAGUGCAGCACCUGCACUGUGGCCUACAGCCAGAGCUCCACGCUGGAGAUACACAUGCGCUCUGUCCUCCACCAGACCAAAGCUAGGGCUGCAAAGCUGGAGGCAGCAGGUGCCAGCAACACUAGUGUUGGUGGGUGCGCUCCUGGUGGUGGCGCCUCCUCAGUGUGCACUUCUACACCCAGCCCAAAUCCAGCUACCAACACUGUGACGACCACCAGCAACAGUUCUUCUGCUGUGAGCCAGAACUCCCAAAGCAUGCCGGGGGGGAGCCAAGUGCCACAACAUCAUCCAGUAGAUAACCAUGGGAUGCCCCCUGUGGCUGGCCUCCCUUCCCCUUCAGAAAAUAGAGAAGCAAAGAAGAAGAAGUUGGCAGAUGUGUUGUCCUCUAGGGGACAGCAGCAGCAGCAACAGCAACAGAAGUUCCAGCAGCAGCAGCAGCAGCAGCAACAACAACAACAGCAGCAACAACAGCAACAGUUAGCUCAGGCUCAAGCCCAGGCUCAGGCCCAGCUUCAGCAAGAGCUUCAACAGCAAGCUGCCCUGAUCCAGUCCCAGCUCUUUAACCCAGCACUCCUACAGCACUUCCCCAUGACCACUGAAGCCCUGAUGCAGCUCCAGCAGCAACAGUUGCUCUUCCCUUUUUACAUCCCAGGAGCCGAGUUUCAGCUCAACCCAGAGAUUAACCUGCCGAUUAGCAGCUCAUCCCUUAGCCUGCCUGGGUCCUCCUCCUCCCUACUGGAGGACCUUAAGCAACAAGCACAGCAGUCUUGCCUUCAGCAGCAGCUAAUCCACCAUCACCAACAGCAGCAGCAGCAGCAGCACCAACAGCAGCAGCAACAACAACAGGGGCAAUUAGCUUUGCUCCAGCAGAAUGCAUCGCUCCACCACCAAGCUGAGAAAAAACCAAAGCCACAGUGUCACAUUGAUAAAGAAAGGGAAGGACAAAGAGACAAGGAGAUGAAUGAGAAGAUGGAGGACAGAAGUUUUCUGUCUAAAGAAGGCACUUUGGAGAAAACCAAAGAUAAGAAGGAGCAGCAGCAGACAUCAGCUGCUGGGUGCUCAGAGUCUGGCUUUCUUCCUCCUAGGAUUGCCUCUGAUGCCCGAGGGAAUGCCACCAAGGCUCUUCUGGAGAACUUUGGCUUUGAGUUGGUGAUCCAGUACAAUGAGAACAAGCAGAAGGUUCAGAAAAAGGCUGGACUAGUCGGAGUUGCAGGGGCAAGCGGCCAUAGCAACAGCAACCGAGGUGCCGAGUUGAAGCAGGGUUUGGAGAAGUUGGAGUGUGAGGCUUGUGGGAAGCUCUUUUCCAACAUAUUGAUCCUGAAGAGUCACCAGGAACACGUCCACCAAGCCUUCUUCCCCUUCCGGUCCCUGGAGAGGUUCGCCAAGGAGUACAGGGAGCACUAUGACAAGCUCUUUCCCAUCAGACCCCAGACUCCUGAAACUGCUCCACCGCCUCCUCCACCCCCACCACCUCCUCCACCCCCACCCCAGCCAGCUCCUACUCCAAACAUCCAAACCGUUGUACCCCCCAUCACCCCACCCGCCAUCUCCACCCCACAGACUCCCGUACCAAUGACCCAACAAUCUUUGUCCAUGGAGCUCCCCCUCUUUUCACCACUUAUGAUGCAAUCCAUGCCUCUGCCAUCCUUGCCCACGCAGAUGUCCUCUAUGGAACCCCUGUCAACUGACCUGGCUCAACUCUACCAACAACAGCUCACUCCCGCCAUGCUCCAGCAGCAGCAGCAAAAUAAGAGGCCCCGAACUCGCAUUACUGACGAUCAGCUACGGGUCCUGCGGCAGUAUUUUGAUAUUAACAACUCUCCCAAUGAAGACCAGAUUAAGGAGAUGGCAGACAAGUCUGGCCUGCCCCAGAAGGUCAUCAAGCACUGGUUCCGCAACACACUCUUCAAGGAGCGCCAACGUAACAAAGAUUCUCCCUACAACUUCAACAACCCACCUGUUACCACCCUGGAGGAGCCUAAGAUUGACUCCAAACCACCCUCCCCAGAGCCCCAGAGAGCGGAAUAUUAUGGGUCCAAGAGAUCAUCCAGGACCAGGUUCACUGACUACCAGCUGAGGGUCCUACAGGAUUUCUUUGAUGCUAAUGCAUACCCAAAGGACGAUGAGUUUGAGCAGCUGUCCAACCUGUUGAACCUCCCCACACGGGUCAUCGUGGUCUGGUUCCAGAAUGCCCGCCAGAAAGCCCGUAAAAACUACGAGAAUCAAAGUGACAGUGGGAAAGAGGGAGAGAGGAGGGAGCUGUCCAACGACCGCUACAUUCGCACCACCAACCUCAACUACCAGUGCAAAAAGUGCAGCCUGGUUUUCCAGCGAAUCUUCGAUCUCAUCAAGCACCAGAAGAAGCUGUGCUACAAAGAUGAGGAUGAUGAGGGGCAAUAUGACAGUCAGAAUGAGGACUCUAUGGAUGCCAUGCAUGAAUAUAACACCCCGUCAGGCUCCUCCUGUAGCACUCCCCUGCCUUGCUCCUCCUCCUCCAAUCUCUGCCCUCUCCCUGUAUCCGCUGUCUCGUUCUCCAAUAUGAACCCAGUAACAUCUUCCUUGGAGAAGGAAGAAGCCGUCCCCACUACCAGGCAGAACUCCUACGAUGAGAAGACAAAGCAGUCAGCUGAACCGCUCUCUCAAAACCAGACACAUGAGAACCAGGGUCCACCCAAACAAGACAGCCCCCAGCAGCCACAACCUGAGCAACAAGAGGAGAAAGUGCAGGCAACACCAAAGACCCCACAGCUCUCAUCUCCUUCCCCAUCUCAGCAGCUGCAGAUUGGACCAGCAGUGUCCCAAGCCAGCCCUAGCCCAUCACAGAUCUCCCAUGUAAACAUCAACCCCCUCCUGACCUCCACCCCUCAGCAGCAGCAACAGCAGCAGCAAUUGGGAAACAUGCAGAUAAUCCCUUACCAGUGUGACCAGUGCAAGUUGGCCUUCCCCUCCUUUGAACACUGGCAGGAACACCAGCAGCUUCACUUCCUCACAGUACAGAAUCAGUUCAUGCACCCCCAGUUCCUUGAUCGGCCCAUGGACAUGCCCUUCAUGCUGUUUGAUCCCAACAACCCCCUCCUGGCUAGCCAGUUGCUCUCUGGAUCCCUGCCCCAGAUCCCCUCCAGCUCGGCUACCUCUCCCUCUACUCCCACCUCCACCAUGAACUCCCUGAAGAGGAAGCUAGAGGAGAAGGCAGGGGUGAGCCCUGGGGAGAAUGACAGUGGGAACAGCGGGGAGGAACCUCAUAGAGACAAGCGUCUCCGCACCACCAUUACCCCAGAGCAGCUUGAGAUCCUCUACCAGAAAUACCUGCUUGACUCAAACCCCACCCGCAAAAUGCUAGACCACAUUGCUCACGAGGUGGGGCUGAAGAAAAGGGUAGUGCAAGUCUGGUUCCAAAACACCCGGGCCCGGGAGAGGAAGGGCCAAUUUCGGGCAGUUGGGCCCGCCCAAGCCCACCGUCGCUGCCCUUUCUGCCGGGCCCUCUUUAAAGCCAAAACUGCACUGGAGGCCCACAUCAGAUCACGCCACUGGCAUGAAGCAAAGCGUGCGGGCUACAACCUGUCUCUAUCCAGCAUGCUCCCAGACCAUGAAGGUUUUCAGCUAAAAGGGGAAGCCCUGGACGGCCCCAGCUAUUCCCUCCUUCCCCCCUCAAACAGCGAUGGCCACUGUUCCUCUCUGUCACCGAUGAGCAAAGGCAUUGACCUGUCCCCCCGGGCUCUCCUCAGCCCGUCCUCUAUCAAGGUAGAAGGGAUGGAGGACUUUGAAAGCCCAACCAUGUCCUCUGUCAACCUGAGCUUUGAUCAAAACAAGCUGGAUAAUGAUGAUUGCUCAUCUGUAAACACAGCUAUCACUGAUACUACAACUGGGGAUGAAGCCAACGCAGAUAAUGACAGUGCAACUGGAAUGUCUGGUGAGACAAAACAAGGCCACAUUCCAGGUGACCUGCUGCCCAAAUCUGGAGGGGCAGCCCUUUCACUGGAUAAUGAAGACCAGAUGUCUUCAGGGCUGGUGAGCCCUGCCACCAGUUACUACACUAAAGACUAUGAAAAUGAAACCAUGGUGGAUUACAGCGAGACCUCCAGCAUGGCGGACCCCUGUUCACCCAGCCCUGGUGCAAGCACCUCUGGGAGCAAGAGUCUGGAAGACCGACCAGGCCAAAAGCGCUACCGAACCCAAAUGACCAACCUGCAGCUGAAGGUGCUGAAAUCCUGCUUCAAUGACUACAGGACACCCACCAUGCUGGAAUGUGAGGUGCUUGGCAACGACAUUGGACUUCCAAAGAGAGUGGUGCAGGUGUGGUUCCAGAAUGCACGGGCCAAGGAGAAAAAGUCCAAACUCAGCAUGGCCAAGCACUUCGGCAUCAACCAGACAUCCUACGAGGGGCCAAAAACAGAGUGCACUUUGUGUGGCAUCAAGUACAGUGCCCGGCACUCAGUGCGAGACCACAUAUUCUCCCUGCAGCACAUCUGCAAGGUGAAGGACACCAUCGGGAGCCAGCUGGACAAAGAGAAAGAGUACUUUGACCCGGCCACCGUCCGCCAGCUGAUGGCCCAGCAAGAGCUGGACCGGAUCAAGAAAGCCAACGAGGUCUUGGGGCUUGCGGCGCAGCAGCAGGUCAUGUUUGAUAACUCACCCCUCCAGGCUCUGAACAUCUCCUCUGCUUACCCUACCCUGCAGGGAAUCCCCCCAGUCCCACUGCCAGGAGUCAGCAGCCCCUCUUUACCAGGUUUUGCUUCAUCAAACACAGCUUUAACGUCUCCAAAAUCUUCUAACCUCCUGAGCAUGCCUGGUACCAGCGUGCCCUCACCCAGCCUCCCAACAUCCGGACUGCCCAACAAGACUCCCACCUCCUCCUCCCUGGCCUCCCCCAGCCCGGCUCAGGGUAGUACCUCCACUCCACACCCAGCCCCCUCCUCAACCGCCUCCACGUCCCAACCAAACCCCCGGGUCGAGCCCUCCAAGGACCGCGACACUGAGAGGACCCGGGAGAAAGACAAGGCCAAGGACAAGACAGAACAGCAGCAGCCUCUGCAAGCUGCCGUAGCAGCAGUGCCCACUUCCACAGCUAAGAAAGAGAAACCCGAACCUGCUGCGCCUGCCACCUCCAUACCAACACCCGGCAUGGAGUAUGUGGUGGACCCAGCCCAGCUUCAAGCACUUCAGACAGCCCUAGCUUCAGACCCUACCGCCCUGCUUACCAGCCAGUUUCUACCCUACUUCAUGCCAGGUUUCUCCCCUUAUUAUGCGCCCCAGAUCCCUGGGGCUUUGCAAGGGGGGUACCUGCAACCCAUGUAUGGCAUGGAGGGCCUGUUUCCUUACAACCCAUCUCUGUCACAAGCGCUGAUGGGGCUGUCUCCGGGAUCCUUGCUGCAGCACUACCAGCAGUAUCAGCAAAGCCUGCAGGAGGCGCUCCAGCAGCAGCAACGGCAGCUACAGCAGCAGCAGCAGCAUCAGCAACAGCAACAGCAACAGCAACAGCAACAGCAACAGCAACAGAAGCAGCAGCAGCAGCAACAGCAACAACAGCUCCAGCAACCCAAAGCAAGCCAAACGCCAGCCCCUCCUCCAACGCCAGGGACCCCCAAUCACCCGAACCACAAAGAACCUGCCAAAGAUCCAGUGAAACCUGAAGAGCAGAAAGGCGAGGCCUCUUCUUCCUCCUCCCCCUCAUCUUCCUCCCUCCAGAACCAAACCUCUGAGCAGCACAAGACGGAAAGCAAAAGUGCAGCCCACCACAAACCCCACCAUCACCUCUUCCUCCUCGACCAGUACAUUGUCCCCAAGGUGCAGUACAGGCUGGCCUGCCGCAAGUGUCAAGCCGUCUUCAGCAAGGAAGAGGCGGCGGUCAGCCACCUGAAGUCGAUCUGCUUUUUCGGUCAGUCUGUGGCAAACCUGCAAGAGAUGUUGCUUCGGGUCCCCACCCCUGGCAGCGGUGGCUCUUCGGGGGGCAGCUACGACUGCCUGGCCUGUGAGACCACGCUGAAAGGGGACGAAGCCCUGAGUCAACACCUGGAGUCGGCCUUGCACAAACACAGAACAAUCAAGCGAUCAGCCAGAAAUGCCAAAGAGCACGCUACUAGUUUAUUACCUCACUCUUCAGCCUGCUUCCCCGAUCCUAACACCGCAUCUACCUCGCAGCCUGCCUCUCACACUACCAACAACAGCCCCCCUCCCCUGCCAACAACCACUCCGUCCUCUUCUGUGUCAUCAUCGUGCUCCACCACAAUGACCCCCUCACACACGACAACCGCCGGCAAGUCCUGGGCCCAGGCCCCCCUCGCCAGAGCUUUAGCUGGGAAGGCCACGACUACUUCUCCUCCUCCUUCUUAUUUUCCUCCAGUAUCCUCACCUUCAACGGUUACCUCAAGUUCAUUGAGCACCUCAGGGGUUCAGACCUCGAUACCAACAGACGUCUUUUCCGACGAGUCCGACUCUGACUCCAGUCAGAAGUCGUCGGGCAGACUGGGCAGGCAAGCAGAGGAGCCGCAAGACCCCAGCUGUCACAAAGACAGUAGUAGUAGUCUCGCUAGCGUAGGAACGGACUCCAUCAGAUUGUAAAAGAGCUUUUGACGAUGGACAAUAUUUAAAAGAAGAAAAAAAGUGAUGUUUAAAAAAAAUAUACAAACCAAUUUCAGAAGAAAAAAAUGUGUAAAGACUAACUGCAAUUCCAAAGCUUGUAACCAAAAAUUAAAUGUUAGUGGAUUGUUUUCCCAUAUCGACAUGCUGGUUUUUGUUUCUUUCAACACACAAAAAAACACUGCGGUUAAGUUUUUUGGGUACUGUUAGUCGAGGAAUGCUGUAUAGCGAUGAACUGCCUAAAAAAAGUGAUCAACAAGGUCCCCUCCCCCCAUUCAAAGAUUUACCUUUGUUUGCAAAACUAUUCCCAGCUAAUAGCACAGUAAAGCCAGUAUGUAAUGUAUGGGAGAAUAGUCUUACAUUUACUGUUUUCUUGCUAUCUUAAGCGUUCAGAUACCAAUGGCUUGCUAAAAUAAAAAAUAAAUAAUGUAAUGUCUAUUUUAUUCUCAGGUCAACAGCUCACAACCUUUUUUUCUGUUACAGAAAAUCAUUGUUUUUUAUUUUGUUUUUUUUGUUCCUGACAGGAGAAAAACUAAAAAAAGUUUCAAUUUUUUUAACGAAUAAUUUAACUGGCAGAAAGUAUUAAAAAUGUAAUACAAAUGAUACUACCGGUAUUUAAAAGGCAUAGCUUUCUGGGGAUUCAAAAAGGGUAGCUGAUCUGCUUAAUUUAAACACAAAUUAUUUGGGGAAACAAACCCCCUCCCACUUUACUUAAGACACACCAUUAGUGUUGAGGACUUGUAGGUUUAAAAAAAAAAAAAAAAAAAGUAAAAAAAAAAAAAUUAAAAAAAAAGUUUGUUUUUUUUAAGAAAAAAAACGUUGUGUAUUUAUGAUAGAUAUGAACAUUUUUGGUGUUAAGUAGAUUGUUGCAUUGGAAAUGAAAUUUAAACAGUAUGGUAGAAUGAAAAAAAAAAACUUUGUGUACAUUUAGCUUUUGUAUCGUCCAACUUUAAAGGCGCUUCAUUGGAUGUUGUCUUGGUCAUUCCGAUAGAAUAGAUUUAGGGGCAGUAACUGGUCUAUACUUUGAUUUCUGUCUGACCAUCCUUUGUUUCUCAGCUGUCUUUCAUUCAGCCACCUCUUGUUGUCAAAGGUGGUCUCCAUUUUGUAGGGACUAAAACAAGCAAUUUAUUUUCAUUUUCUGUUCUUUUUUUGGUCAAAACAUGGGGGUGACACAAAGAAAAUAUGUAAUUCUAUUUACCUGUAUUACCUUCGUGCACUUAACACUGUCUUGUUUGUUUCUUUUUCUCUGCUUUCGUAGUCACUGAGGAGAUGUUUCUCUCCUGCUGAGCUGUUGAGCAGACAUUUGUUCUUUGUGUGCUGUGGCUACAGUCUGUUUUGUUUUCAUUUGAACUUCUUUUCUUUGUCAUAGAAGAAAAUGAAUAUUACUAAUAAUAAUAAUAAUAAUAAUAAUAAUAAUAAUAAUAAUAAUAAUAAUAAUAAUAAUUCUCACGCUUUAAAACAAACAAAAAAAAAUCCAAAGACAAAACACUUUCACCAUUGGUGCAUAAAGAUGAGAAAAAAAGAGGGUUCUUUAUACUUGAGAAUUUGUUGCUGUUUAAAAAAAAUAAAUAAAAAGUAAAAAAGUUUUAAAAAUAAAGGAGUAUAAGCAUCUGAGUUGCUGUUUUUGCUUCUUGUGCAAGCAGACAGGCGGCUUUUAAAAUAAAUAACAAGAAUACCAAAAACCAAAAAAGGACGCUUGUCCUUGCAUUGUGGAGUAGCACCGUUAUAGAGCCAUUGCAGUUUGUAAGAUCGGGGUUCCAACGCUCUUUGUUAAACUUGGGGCACUUGUGUUAUGUUGAUCUAGAUAUCGUUCAUUUCUGUCACAACAACAAAACGAAAGUCAGUUUUUUAAAGAAAAUGUAUAAGGUCUGGUCUCUGAAGACGUAAGUUUUGCUGCUAAUGUAGUUUUUGAACAAAAAAAAAAAACCUAGAUGCAUGCUCAUUUUUCUUUUCAGCUAAGCUUUAAGAAAAACAGAAACAAUAAACCAAUUUUUCCUGCCUCUAUUUCCCUUUUUCAUUUAUGAUUUCUUGUUGCAAAAACGGAACUUUGAAGACUGUGAAUAUACGUUCCAAAGGACAGUUUGGCUGAUUUUUUUUUUUUAAACAAACCAAUGUUGAAAGCCAAUGAUCUAUAUUGUUUGUACAGAACAGUGCAUUCCAAAAUAUCAAGUUGGAGAUUUUAUUUUUUGUUUGUUUGUUUACUUUAAAAGCAAGGACUGAUUUUAUUGUGUCUGUUAUUUGCAAGGUGGCUGUAAGCUGUUGUGUAUAUUAUAUUCCUGACUUGCACAGAGUGCAAACAACAAAAAUGACUCAAAUUCCCUCUUUUGUAGUUCUGGUGUCAAUUAAAAGAUGAAACCUCCUGAACUAGAAAGGUUGUAGCCCAUUUUAAAAGAUCCCCUGCUUUAAAAAAAAAAACAAAAA